GUUCUCAACUCUCAAUCUUAGUUAAAAAUUCUCCCAAAAAACUCCCUAUCCCGCCAAUUCCCCCCCACUUCCCCGCUCACCAGUCACCACCCUCAACUUCCUCUCUGCUCUUCUUUUCCCUUCCAAAAUUUAACUCCACUUUCCCUUUCCGUCGAACCCUAGUUGAUCGGUUCAACUCGUUUCCUGUCGACUGUCAUCAUCUUGAAUUCUUCAGUUGUCCUUCUACUCAGCAGAAACCCUAAUUUCUCCACUCCCUUUUGGCCAGCCAGAAGGAAGGGGAAAGAUAAAAACCCUAGACCGUCCGCAACCAUGCCUGCACAAAUCUCGCCGGGCAAGAUUCUCCGUCUAGAGAUGGAGAACUUCAAGUCCUACAAGGGCCACCAGAUAAUUGGCCCUUUCAAGGACUUCACCGCCAUCAUUGGCCCCAACGGAGCUGGCAAGUCCAAUUUGAUGGACGCCAUCAGCUUCGUCCUCGGUGUCCGUACCGGCCAGCUCCGCGGUGCACAGCUCAAGGACCUCAUCUAUGCUUUCGACGACCGCGAGAAGGAGCAGAGAGGCCGCAGAGCUUUCGUGCGGUUAGUCUACCAGUUAGCUAGUGGUGCGGAGAUUCACUUCACUCGAGCUAUCACGAGCGCUGGUGCGAGCGAGUACCGCAUCGAUGACAAGGUUGUCAACUGGGACGAGUAUAACAAGAAAUUAAGGUCGCUGGGGAUUCUAGUUAAGGCCAGGAACUUUUUGGUCUUUCAGGGGGAUGUUGAGUCUAUUGCAUCCAAGAACCCGAAGGAGCUGACUGCUCUGCUUGAGCAAAUUUCUGGGUCCGAGGAAUUGAAGAGGGAUUAUGAGGAUCUGGAAGAACAGAAAGCGAGGGCAGAAGAGAAAACUGCACUUGCCUAUCAAAAGAAAAGAACAAUAGUAGGUGAAAGGAAGCAAAAGAAAGCGCAGAAGGAAGAAGCAGAGAAGCACAAUCGCUUGCAAGCUGAACUGAAAUCUGUGAAGAGAGAGCAUUUCUUAUGGCAGUUGUUCACCAUAGAUAAUGACAUUACAAGGAUAAAUAAAGAACUUGAAGCUGAAACAAAGAACCGUCAAGAUGUUAUGGAGGAACUCGAGAGGUUUGAACACGAAGCUGAUAAAAAGAAGAAGGAGCAGGCUAGGUACCUGAAAGAGCUUUCCAACUGUGAAAAGAAGAUCCAUACGAAAAGCCUUAAGCUUGAAAAACAUCAACCUGAGCUUCUGAAAUUAAAUGAGGAAAUGACACGGUUAAGGUCAAAAAUUAAGAGCACCAGCAAGGAUCUUGAUAGGAAAAAAGAAGAACGGAAGAAACACGAGAGUGAGGUAAAAGAACUACAGCGUGGCAUACAGGAUCUGGCAGCAAAACUGGAUGAUCUGAACGAGAGAAGUCGAGACAGUAGCGGCAAACUUCCUUUGGCUGACAGUCAACUGACCGACUACUUUCAGAUCAAAGAAAAAGCUGGGAUGGAAACUAGCAGGCUUAGGGAUGAAAAGGAGGUAUUGGACAGGCAUCAACAUGCUGAUAUGGAAGCUGAGAAGAAUUUGGAAGAGAAUCUUCAACAGUUGAGAAAUCGGGAGCAGGAACUUGAUUCACAGAAGGAGCAAAUGCAAGCAAAACUUAAAAAUACUGUUGACACUUCUGCUAGCCGUAAAACUGAACUGACAGAUCUGAAAGAAAAACUGCGGGGGAUACGAGAUAUGCAUCAGGAAACCAAGAACAAGCAUCAGAACUUGAAGUCCAAGAUUGGCGAGAUAGAUAGCCAAUUGCGUGAAUUGAAAGCUGAUAGAAAUGAAAACGACAGGGAUGCUAGGUUGUCCCAAACAGUUAAGACUCUUGAACGCCUUUUUCAAGGAGUUCAUGGACGUAUAAUUGAGCUCUGUAGGCCGACCCAAAAGAAAUACAACCUGGCUCUCACCGUAGCUAUGGGCAGAUUUAUGGAUGCUGUGGUUGUUGAGGAUGAAAAUACAGGGAAAGAAUGUAUCAAGUAUUUGAAAGAGCAAAGGCUUCCCCCUAUGACAUUUAUACCCCUUCGGUCUGUCCGUGUAAAGCCAAUUACCGAAAGGCUGCGUACUUUAGGGGGUUCUGCGAAGCUCGUCUUUGACGUGAUCAACUAUCCUUCUGCCCUGGAGAAGGCUAUACUCUUUGCGGUUGGCAAUACUAUGGUCUGUGAUGACCUUGAUGAAGCCAAAAAACUUGGAUGGGAAGGGAAGGGAGAGAGACUUAAAGUUGUAACUGUAGAUGGGACUCUCCUCACAAAGUCUGGCACAAUGACUGGCGGUACUAGUGGCGGGAUGGAGGCAAGAUCAAAGCAAUGGGAUGAUAAAAAGAUUGAGGGAUUGAAGAAGAAGAAAGAGCAGUUUGAGUCUGAACUAGAAGAGCUAGGGUCACUUAGGGAAAUUAUUCAGAUAGAGUCUGAAGCGUCUGGCAGGAUCAGUGGUCUUGAAAAGAAAAUCCAGUAUGCAGAGAUUGAGAAGAAAAGUAUUGAGGACAAGCUUGAGAACUUGAAAAAAGAGAAGCAAAUUAUUGGAAAAGAAAUUUGUCGUCUAAAUCCUGAAUUGCAGAAGUUGAAAGGUACUAUUGGCAGCAGAGGUAAUGACAUUAGGGAGUUGGAGAAAAGAAUAAAUGAGAUAGUUGAUGGGAUUUACAAGGACUUCAGUAAUUCUGUUGGUGUGGCAAACAUACGUGAAUUUGAAGAGAACAAUCUCAAGGCUGCCCAACAUGUUGCUGAAGAAAGGCUUAGUUUAAGCAACCAGCUGUCAAAGUUGAAGUAUCAAUUGGAGUAUGAGCAAAAGCGGGACGCAAAUGCAAGGAUUAGAAAGCUGGAAUCUUCUCUAGGUAAUUUAAAGAAUGAAUUGAAAAAUGCUGAGAAAAGAGAGGUUGAUGUCAAGUCAGCUACGGAGGACAUGACGAGUGAGAUUAAUAAGUUGAAGGAAGAAGUUCAAGAGUGGAAGUCCAAAGCAGAAAGUUGUGACAAGGAUAUUCAGGAAUGGAAGAAGCAGGCUUCAUCUGCUGCUACAAGUUUGUCGAAGCUUGGCCGUCAGAUAAGCUCCAAGGAGGCACAGAUUGACCAACUCUUGUCUCGGAAGCAAGAUAUUGUGGAGAAGUGUGAAUUGGAGCAUAUCAACCUCCCAAUUAUUUCGGAUCCCAUGGAUACUGAUUCGUCAAUUCCGGGCCCAUUCUUUGAGUUUAGUGAGCUGCAUAGAACUCUUCUUCAAGAUAAGGGGACUUCAGACAGAGAGAAGAUCGAUCUGGAAUUCAAGCGAAAAAUGGAUUCCUUGAGAUCUGAAAUAGAUAGAACUGCUCCAAACUUGAAGGCUCUGGAGCAGUAUGAGGCUUUGCUGGAGAAGGAAAGAGAAGCAUCUGAAGAAUUUGCCACUGCCAGCAAGGAGGAGAAUCAGGCCACCAAAGCAUAUAACUCGGUUAGGCACAAUAGACAUGAGUUAUUCAUGGAAGCUUUCAACCAUAUAUCAAAAGUAAUUGAUAAGAUCUACAAGCAAUUGACGAAGAGUGGCUCGCAUCCCUUGGGUGGAACUGCGUAUUUGAACUUAGAGAAUGAAGAUGAGCCUUAUCUACAUGGUAUCAAAUACACUGCUAUGCCUCCAACCAAACGUUUCCGAGAUAUGGAACAGCUGUCUGGUGGGGAGAAAACUGUUGCAGCACUGGCUUUGCUUUUCUCCAUCCACAGCUAUAGGCCGUCGCCAUUUUUCAUAUUGGAUGAGGUUGAUGCUGCGCUGGAUAACUUAAAUGUCGCCAAGGUAGCUGGUUUCAUUCGUUCAAAAUCAUGUCAAGCGGGGACUCGGGUGGAUCAGGAGCACGAUGGUUCUAACCUUAACAUGGAAAGCGACGGUGAGAGUGGCAGUGGUUUCCAGAGUAUAGUGAUCUCUCUGAAAGACAGCUUUUAUGACAAGGCCGAAGCUUUGGUGGGAGUUUACCGUGAUGCAGAUAGAGGCUGCUCGAGAACUCUGACAUUUGACCUGACUGGAUAUCGAGAGUCAUCAGGAUUGCUGUAAAUUGCAGGACACCUGAAGCCACCGACCGAAUACGUUUGUUAUUUUUAGGGUCAUACAAUUAUAGCUUUUGGAAAUCAAAACCCCCCUCUUGCUGGCAUUUGGGAAGCUGUAGAAUUACAGAGUUUCUCUCAUUUCUCGUUUUUAUGUAAAUGUCGGUUUUUGACACGAAGGAGAUGGAGAGAACACAUUUUCAAAAUUUAGCAAAACCUGGAUCCAUCUCUCCCCCCUCUCAUUUCUUGCUCUAUUCCUGAAUCCGGAGAACCCUUCUUCAGGAUUCAACAAUGGAUAAGAAAUGUGAGAGGAAAUCACAGGACACAUCAGAAGAAGCAGAAGAAGAGAAUGACGAGGAGGAGGAGGAAGAAGAAGAACAAGAAGAACAAGAAGACGAGGACAUCGAUGAAUAUACAAACGCAGUCGUCACCAACGAAAGCCAAGACGAAGAGAUUUGUACGUAUUGCGAUGAAGAUGCAGGAAUCGACAAGGAAUGCGAGAGCCCGAAGGAUCCUGUGGAGUACAAGAUGCGGAAGAAACGAGCAUUGCUGAAAUUCAAGACCCUGGUGGAGGAUGCAAUUUGUAAGAAUUACCUCGUAGACAAGCCCAAGAAACUCCUCCUCUCCUCCUGCAGGAAGAGCAAAAGGAAUGCCAAGGAGCAGCAACAGCAGCUGCGGGAGGACAUUUCCCUCUGGGGGGUUCCUCUGCUUCCAAGCAGAGACCACGAAGGCACCGAAAUCGUGCUGCUCAAAUUCCUCAAGGCCAACAACUACAAGGUCCGCUCGGCUUUCUACAUGCUUCGCAAGGUCAUGAAAUGGCGCAAGGAGUACGGGACAGACUCGAUCCUCGACGAGGAUCUCCUGACCCGCGACAACGACGAGCUCAAGGACGUUGUCCAUACGGGCAGCACGGACAAGCAAGGCCGCCCGUUGUAUUACACGGUGUACGGGGCGUUCAAGGACAAGGCUCUGUGCACCAAAGUUUUGGGCACGGAAGAGAGCCGCGAGAAUUUCCUGAGGCUCAAGGUCCAGAACCUGGAGAAGAGCAUCAAGCAGCUGAGCUUCAAGUCCGGCGGGGUCGAUUCGAUCGUCCAGAUCACCGAUCUGAAGAACUUCCCUGCACCCAUGAAAGAGCUCAGCUCUAUUAGCAAGAAGAUCGUCACUUUGUUCCAGUCCAACUAUCCGGGAAUCAUCAACAAGAAUAUACUGAUCAAUGUUCCAUUCUGGUACUACACAUCGCGAGUUGUCACCAAGAAGCUGAUGAACCCAAGAGCAAGGAAGAAGUUCAUCCUAGCUAGGCCUUCAAAUGUAACGCAGACCCUUUCGAAGUACAUACCAAUAGAGCAAGUCCCCGCUCAAUAUGGUGGUCUGAAAAGGGAUAACGAUGUCGAGUUUUCCCCAGAGGACAAAGCGCUGGAGCAUAGGAUCAGAGCAAAUGCAGUCGGCCACGUUAACAUUCCAGUUACUGAGAGUGGGGUGAUGAUUGUAUGGGAUUACACUGUAGUUGGAUGGGAUGUGAGUUUCAAGGAACAGUUCAUUCCUGACGACGAAGGCUCUUAUACCAUCCUGAUAAGGGGCGGCAAGGUGAAAAGACCCACGGAAAAUGCUAGAAACUCGUACUACAUCAGUGAGCCAGGGAAGAUUGUUAUAACAGUCGAGAGUUCUUCAUAUGCCAGGAAGAAAGUAUACUAUCGAUUCAAAACCAAACCGAUUUCGGCCGAGCAGUUCUUUCUUGGCGCGGAUGCUGAAACCACUGCAUGAACUUGGAUCCAACAUUCUUUGUACAUCUUCUGGCAACUGAGGAUGAUAAAGAAAAUUUGCCAACUCAUGCAUUGUCGCCGUAGAAAUACUUAAUCCUGACAAACUUACUAUUAUAGAAUGACUGUUAUGUAGUAUGAUGAGUCAAAUUUUGUGGCGGACAAAAUACAAUCAUAUACUAUAACUUUGGCCUUUCUGACAAUCAAUAAUUAUAAUCAAGUUUUUCAAAUUAUGACAAAUAUAGUCAUAUUUGAAAGUUUUUGUGAGACAUAUACA